AUGUUAACCGAUGGAACGAUUGCACUUUUAUCAGAAGUUGAAUCAUCCGUUAAUAAUCGUAUUAAACUACUCAAAAAGAAACGAGAAAAAUUAACAACUGCAACCACCAUCUCGUCUGUUCUACCAACAACAAAAGUAUCAAUAUCUCACUGUCCAAUGCGCACAACAGCGCCAUCAGAUGCGCCAAUACCAAUUAAUUCAUCUAAUUCGUCUUCGAUUAACUUUUCUGUUGCACCUACUCUUACCGAUGAAAUAUCUACUAGAAUUUCAGAAACUAUUAUCGAAUGGCUCAAGAAAAAACAACAAGAACUAAAUUUAAAAAACACCAACUUUCACCAAGGUAUUGAUUUUCAUGUUGAAUUAAACAAACGACGAGAUGGCGUUGUUUUUCGAUGUAAAUGUGGCAUAAAAAAUUCCAUUGGUCAAAAAAAAGGAGUUCUUGUGUUUUCGAAUAUUUAUCGACAUUUCAAAUCCAUCAAUUGUUCAAUGAUGACGGAUAAAAGGAAAAAUUCAACGGAAAGCAGCACUGAUAAUGAAGAAAAUGAUAGCCAUGCAAACCUAUUGACGACAAAUCAAUCAUUCGCACCAACUCCACGUCAGUCAAAGUUAAAAUCCGUCAUCUCUACAUCUUCUAAAGUUAAUAACCGUAAUCGUUCUGCUUCAAAUGCAUCUAAGAGGAAAAGACCACGAUUAAAUUAG